UGGAGAUGGACACGCAGGACUGUGUGGCGUCCUGGUGGGACAUGGUGGUGCGGAACCUGCGAUCUUUUCCACAUUCCUGUUCAACACUCGGAAGAAAGAUUGCCUCUCUGUACAACAGCUUUACUAGUAAACCAUUAAAAGAACACAUUUUUCCUCCUCUGAUGAAUAUGCUAAUAUUUUUUAAUUUUUUCAAAGCACCAUUUCUUGUGGAUUUAAAGAAACCGGAGUUAAAGAUUCCUCACACGGUGAACCUGUAUGUCAGAGUUGAACCUGGGGUGAUUCUGGGAAUCUGGCACACGGUUCCCAGCUGCCGGGGGGAAGAUGCUAAGGAGAAGGACCGUGGCUGGUAUGAAGCAGCCCUUCAUGACGGCAACCCAAUUAUUGUUUAUCUUCACGGCAGCGCAGAACACAGGGCAGCUCCUCACAGACUUGAGCUAGUAAAGAUGCUGAGCGAUGGUGGCUUUCAUGUCCUGUCUGUGGACUACAGAGGGUACGGGGACUCUACGGGUGAGCCCACAGAAGAGGGGCUGACCGCAGAUGCUGUUUGUGUCUAUGAGUGGACCAAGGCGAGAAGUGGUACCACGCCUGUGUGUCUCUGGGGCCACUCUCUGGGUACAGGAGUUGCAACAAAUGCUGCAAAAGCACUAGAAGAGAAAGGAUUCCCAGUUGAUGCUAUUAUCCUGGAGGCUCCAUUUACCAACAUAUGGGUUGCAAGUAUUAAUUAUCCCUUGCUAAAGAUUUACCGGAAACUUCCAGGAUUUUUACGUGCGCUUAUGGAUGCCCUGAGAAAAGACAAAAUAGUCUUCCCUAAUGAUGAAAAUGUUAAAUUCCUGUCUUCUCCCCUCCUCAUCAUACACGGUGAGGAUGACAGCACGGUGCCUUUGGAGUUUGGCAAAAAGCUCUAUGAAAUUGCACACAAUGCAUAUAGGAACAAAGAGAGGGUCAAGAUGGUGACCUUUCCCCCUGGUUUCCAACACAACUUCCUCUGUAGAAGCCCCACACUAAUAAACACUGUGAGAGAUUUCCUGAGCGAGCAGUGGGCAUGAGGUCUGAGAGUAACAGAAAUCUGAAGUGAAGACUUGGUCCAGACACCACCCUAGAUGCAUAUUUUUCAUGUAAAAUUGUACUGGGCUGCUGGGAUGAGCUGAAGUCACUGACAUUUCUACAAUUCACUUGCCAUUUUAGUAAGGGAAGGCAUGGAUGUUGGGCAUUAUUGAAAGUUGUCAUUUAGCUUAUCAUAGUCUACUUUGUGGAACAAACUGAAACCUCAUUGUAGAGUAUCAGAAUUUGGUAAAAUUUGGAUCCCAUCUAAAAAUGUGUGGUUACCAAACAUGCUGGGGAUAUUUGUGAAUAAGGUCGUCUUUGGUUGGGACUUAACAGUAUAAGAAAGGUACUCUAAUGUAGUUAAGUAAUUUGUGUUUCAGUUUAGUUAAUUUAAAUGGCAUUAAAAAGUUCCAAGUAUUUUCUAGCUUUUUGAAUAGCCCUAGAGAAAGUCCUAGCACGCUACUCAAUCUGCCAUCAAAUAACAAGUUUUGGCACUCAUGUAGCCCUUGUAAAUUGGCACUUUAUUUUUAGCCCUAAUACAGUCAUACACUUUCCCUCCUAAUUCCCAGAAAUUCUUAACUAGAUUAUUAGCUAACAAAACAAAACAAAAUCAAAGAAUGUUGUAAAAGUUUUUAAAUCCAGUAAGAAGUUAUUUUUUUUUCUAGAGACAUUUUACAACUUACUUUCCACUGGCUUUGUUCACCCCAUUGCUAGAUUCACUGGAUAGGGAAAUCUUGAGAUCUGAAGGCUCCAUGUUCCAGAUGUCCCUGGCAUAUUCCUUAAUUGUUCGGUCACUAGAGAAUUUCCCUGCAGCAGCUAUAUUUUUGAGUACCAUUGUGUUCCAGGCCUUUGGAUUCUGUAAAGAACACACAUAUAUAUGGCCCACAGCCCGAGUGCCCAUCGAACUUUAUGACAAAUGCCAGGCCAAGCACAUCCAAGCACACUUGCAGGGGAAAAAUGACAGGAGUAAGUUGUAGUGAAUCAUAAAUACAUUUGUUUCACAGCUGAGAGCUAGAUAGGGCAGAUCAUGCUUUUCUUCUGUUUAGAGUAUAUUUCUCUUAAGAAUGAAAAAAAGUAUUUUUCAUUUUAAGAGAAACCAUGGAUGUAAAUUCCCUAAUUGGUAAUUGUUGCUAUGGUUACAAUAUUUUGGCAUGCAAGCCAUAUUUCCCAUGCUUUAUUUUUUAUUUCACAUCCCUUUAAUUAGAGGGGAAGGAAGGGACUAACGUUCAUUGUCUGCUAGAUGCUGUGUCAAGAGAUUUAACCUGUGGCUUAGAUCAUAGUUUGAAAAACACUACUCUAGAAUGUUAGCUGUUGUGCAGGGAAACAAUGUAAUGGGACAAUUUAUUGA